UUGUAGUUAAAUAGUCAUGGAUUUUUUAAAAUUAUAUUAAAAUUGAUAAUUUCAUAUAAUUAAAGAUCGAAACGAUUUGAUAAUGUCAAUAUAGAAAUUUCUUUAAGCUGUUAACGUUACAAACAAUCUUCACGAUAACGCGCGAGUCGUACUUUACGAAGAUAUAAUUCACACUUGUCAUUCCGUGUCUUAUGAGAACGUUAGCAUGCCUGACAUACUCUCAAUAUUAUAAAAAAGAAUGACGUCAAUAAAACAGCCUGAUAUGACCACUACUAACGAGAGUUCGUAGCAAGAAACAUCAGUCGGACUCAAUCUCGCGAUGUUAUAACUUCGUCGAUUAUUAUUCAUUUUUUCUCUCCUUCUCUCUCUUAAUUCUUUUUUUUUCACUCAUAAAAACAAUGGAGGCGUGGGCGAUGAGCUUGGCCUUCGUAACAGUGAUACUUAGCAUUUAUUAUUACGUUUUCAAAGACUUGAAUUACUUUAAGAAAAUCGGUUUACCAUAUAUCGAACCAUGGCCGAUAUUGGGCAGCAUGAAAUUUGUAUUUUUUCGAACAAAAACCAUGGCCGAAUUUAUUAUAGAGACUUACAAUUUCUAUCCAAAAGCCAAAUACAUCGGUUUCUUCGAUUUCAACAAACCAGUAGUGAUAGUACGUGACCCCGAAUUAAUCAAAACGAUUGCAAUUAAGAGUUUCGACUCUUUCAUGGAUCAUCGAUCUUUCGUCGACAGCGAACAGGAUCCACUCCUCAAGAAGAUAUUAUUCUCCUUGCGAGGUAACGAAUGGAAAGAAACUAGAACUAUGUUAACUCCUGCGUUUACGUUGAGCAAACUGAAGGGUAUGUUGAAGCUGAUGAACGAAUGCGGAACUGAUUUUACGAAUUACAUUUAUAAUAUGCCAAAAGAUAAGAGAACGAUGGAAAUGAAGGACGUCUUUACGAGAUAUACUAACGACGUAAUAGCCACUUGCGCCUUUGGCAUCAGUAUUAAUUCUAUGAAAGAUCGGGACAACGACUUUUACGUUCUCGGUGGAAAGGCAACCAACUUCGAUGGUAUUAAAACAUUAAAAUUCAUCAUGAUGCGAAAUUUUCCAACGAUUUCGAGAUUAUUAAAGUUAAAGCUAAUACCCGAUUACAUUAAUAAUUUCUUCGAGAACGUUGUUAAGGAGGUAAUGGAUAAUAGAGAUAAAAACAAUAUUGUACGACCUGACAUGAUACAAUUGAUGAUGGAAGCUAGGAAUAAGAGAGCCGAAAUGGGACAAGACCUACCUUUGACGGACAUAGUAUGUCAGGCGUUCGGUUUCUUUUUCGGUGGCUUUGACACCGUCUCCACGGCCAUGUGCUUCACCUGUCACGAAAUUGGUGUCAAUUCGGACAUACAAAAAAGACUGCAGAGAGAAAUCGACGAGGUCAUUGAAAAGACCGAUGGAAAUCCAACUUACGAAGUUAUCAACGGCAUGGAAUAUUUAGAUGCAGUGAUAAACGAAUCCCUAAGGAGAUAUCCGAUCGCUAUUGUCCUUGACAGACUAAGUGUUGAAAAUUAUGAACUACCACCAAGUUUACCAAAUGGCAAACCCUUUCCCCUCAAAAAAGGCUCAUUUAUAUGGUUUCCAGUUUAUGGACUCCAUCACGAUCCAAAAUAUUUCGAGGAUCCGUACAAAUUUGAUCCUGAAAGAUUUAUGGAACACGGCAAGGAGAUCAACAAUUCCGGUGUCUUCUUGCCCUUCGGAUUAGGACCUAGAAUGUGCAUUGGUAAUAGAUUCGCUCUACUCGAGAUGAAAGUUUUGGUAUUCCAUUUGUUGGCAAGAUGUAAUCUAAAGCCUUCCUCAAAAACCCAGAAUCCAUUGCGUUUAUCCAAAAAAGGAAUCACCAUGGCUGCCGAAAAUGGUUUUUGGAUGAAUUUUGAAAGUAGGAACAACGUUCAUCCUAAGCUUAAGAAUUUGGUAUCAUUUGCUUCUCUCUCUUUCUCUCUCUCUCUCUCUCUCUCUCUUAAUUUUUUUUCACACGUAAACACGAUGGAGAUGUGGGCGAUAAUCUUGACCUUCGUGACAGUGGUACUUAGCAUUUAUUAUUACGUUUUCAAGAACGUGAAUUACUUCAAGAAAAAUGAUUUACCAUAUUUGCCAGCAUGGUCGGUAUUGAGAAACAUGUAUUUAUUAUUUCUACAAAGAAAAUCCGUGAGUGAAAUAAUUAUCAACACUUACAAUUACUAUCCGAAAGCCAAAUACAUCGGCUUCUUCGAUUUCAACAAACCAGUAGUGAUAGUACGUGACCCCGAAUUGAUCAAAACGAUCGCGAUUAAGAGUUUCGAUUAUUUCACGGAUCAUCGAUCUUUCAUCGACAGCGAACACGAUCCACUCUUUGGGAAGGCAUUAUUCUCCUUGCGAGGUAACGAAUGGAGAGAAACUAGAACUAUGUUAACUCCUGCGUUUACGUUGAGCAAACUGAAGGGUAUGUUGAAGCUGAUGAACGAAUGCGGAACUGAUUUUACGAAUUACAUUUAUAAUAUGCCAAAAGAUAAGAGAACGAUGGAAAUGAAGGACGUCUUUACGAGAUAUACCAACGACGUAAUAGCCACUUGCGCCUUUGGUAUCAGUAUUAAUUCUAUGAAAGAUCGGGACAACGACUUUUACGUUCUCGGCAGAGAGGCAACCAACUUCGAUACUAUUAAAACAUUAAAAUUCAUCCUGAUGCGAAGUUUUCCAAGGGUUUCGAAAUUAUUCAAGUUAAGGCUAAUACCCGAUAAAAUCAGCAAUUUCUUUGAGAACGUUGUCAAGGAGGUAAUCGACAAUAGAGAUAAAAACAAUAUUGUACGACCUGACAUGAUACAAUUGAUGAUGGAAGGUAGAAAUAAGAGAGCCGAAAUGGGACAAGAAUUAUCUCUGAUGGAUAUAGUAGCUCAAGCGUUCAGUUUUUUCUUCGGUGGCUUUGAUACAGUCUCCACGGCCAUGUCUUUCACUUGUCAUGAAAUUGGUGUCAAUUCGGAUAUACAAAAAAGACUGCAACGAGAGAUCGACGAGGUCAUUGAAAAGACCAAUGGAAAUCUAACUUACGAUGUUAUCAACAACAUGAAAUAUUUAGACGCAGUGAUAAGCGAAUCCCUAAGAAGAUAUCCGAUCGCUAUUUUCAUCGACAGACUAAGUGUCGAGGAUUACGAAUUACCACCAAGUUUACCAGGUUCCAAACCCUUCCUUCUGAAAAAAGACACGAAUGUAUGGUUCAUAGUUUAUGGACUCCAUCACGAUUCAAAAUAUUUCGAGGAUCCGUACAAAUUCGAUCCUGAAAGAUUUAUAGAACGCGGAAAGGAGAUUAACAAUUCCGGUGUUUACUUGCCCUUCGGAUUGGGACCUAGAAUAUGUAUUGGUAAUAGAUUCGCUUUAUUGGAAAUGAAAGUCUUGAUAAUUCAUUUAUUAGCAAGAUUUAAUCUGAAGCCAUGCUCGAAAACUCAGAAUCCAUUGCUUUUUUCCAAAAAAGGAAUCACCAUAUCUGCCAAAAAUGGUUUUUGGAUGAAUUUUGAAAAAAGGAACGAUGUUCAUCCUACCUUUAUGAAUUUUAUGAUCAACAGUGUUAGUAACAAUAAUAUCGAAACCGAAACGUCGACCGAUUGCAUUUCUAAGUGUCUUACGGUUGAAGCUUAAGAUGUAAACGAGGAAUAAAGAAGGAAGAUUUUAUCGGGAUAAACUGAUCGAAUGAAUUCGUAUGAUUGUAACAUUUUACAUUUUACAUUAUCCAAAUUUCGUAUUUCCAUAUUGUAAUUGAAUUUCAUAGCGUUUUAUAAAAUGUUAUGAAUGUAUUUUUUACUUUAUUGAUAUAUAAUUUUAUUAAUAUAUAAUUUUGUUUCUUAUUGUUA